AGAGGGAGGGAAUCAGAAGACGGGUAGGAGCGUGUGUGCGAGUGUGUGAAAGAGACACUUACUCUCUUAACUACUGGGAGACAGGCGCACUUUCCUUACCCAACUCAAGAAGCAGCAAAGCCAGGAGAAUUUUUUGGGGGGGCUUCCUUUCAUAUUUCACCCAAAAAAUUACUUUGAAUCAUCAAUCUACUGGAACUUAAUUUUAAGCCCCUGUCCAGGAAUUCUAUGCGUUGAUCAAUAGACAUUUCCAUCCACACAAGACAUACCUCAUGGAUUUGUACCUGGUUGGAUAUCUCAUGUGGAUGUGGUUGUCCAGUUCUCGGGUGCUUGGAGGCUAUCCCAUCUGGUGGUCCCUGGCCCUGGGGCAGCAGUACUCAUCUCUGGGAUCUCAACCCAUCCUGUGUGGCUCUAUACCUGGCUUGGUGCCCAAACAACUGCGAUUCUGCCGCAAUUACAUUGAGAUCAUGCCCAGCGUAGCAGAGGGGGUCAAACUGGGAAUCCAGGAGUGUCAGCACCAGUUCCGUGGCCGCAGAUGGAACUGCACCACUAUCAAAGACAAUCUAGCCAUAUUCGGUCCAGUACUUGAUAAAGCUACAAGAGAAUCUGCAUUUGUUCAUGCCAUUGCAUCAGCUGGAGUGGCAUUUGCAGUCACACGGUCAUGUGCAGAGGGGACGUCCACAAUGUGUGGCUGCGACUCCCAUCAUAAAGGCCCACCGGGAGAGGGAUGGAAGUGGGGUGGAUGCAGUGAGGAUGCCGAGUUUGGGGUUCUUGUGUCUCGGGAGUUUGCUGAUGCUCGCGAGAACCGACCAGAUGCUCGGUCUGCCAUGAACAGGCACAACAAUGAGGCAGGACGGAUGACUAUCCUGGAAAACAUGCACCUGCGCUGUAAGUGCCACGGACUAUCAGGCAGCUGUGAGGUGAAGACCUGCUGGUGGGCUCAACCUGACUUCAGGCUGUUAGGCGACUACCUUAAGGACAAGUAUGACAGUGCCUCCGAGAUGGUGGUGGAGAAACACCGGGAAUCUCGGGGCUGGGUGGAGACACUACGUGCAAAAUACGCUUUCUUCAAACACCCCACUGAGAGAGACCUGGUCUACUAUGAGGGAUCGCCCAACUUUUGCGAACCAAACCCAGAAACGGGGUCAUUUGGUACCCGCGACCGUGUCUGCAACGUGUCCUCGCAUGGCAUCGAGGGCUGCGACUUGCUCUGCUGUGGGCGUGGUCAUAACACACGGACAGAGAAACGCAAAGAGAAAUGCCACUGCAUCUUUCACUGGUGCUGCUACGUCAGUUGCCAGGAGUGCGUGAGAGUUUACGAUGUGCACACGUGUAAAUAAAAGCAGCAGGUGGAGGACAACAAGGACUUGUGGACAUUAAAGAGAGAGUAAAGGAAAGGCAUAAAAAAUGCAGAAAACCUACACAUACACACACACACUCACUAUGGUGUAUCAUCAUGAUACACAGAUAGCAGUGGCACUUCUGUACUAGAACUCUUUACUAAUGUGCCCGAUUUUCAUCUCCAUGCGGCAAAAGCUUGUUGGCAAUGCUCAUGUGUUUACUACUGCCGUUCUUCUGAAAUGUCUGGGCUCUUCCCCUACUGUUCGCUGUUAUCAUUCAAAUGUCUUUAACUGUAACACCAUCUCUCUGAUCAUCUCGCCCUACAGCCCAGAGGCUGAAACAGGAUCAGUCCACCUCUGAUUACUUACACACACUGACACUAAUCAUGCAUGAAAGAACAUAAAAAGAAGAGAAAGGAGGACGAGAAAGUCCUGGUUAACUACUGAAAGCUGGGCCUAUUACAUGCCCUGCUAUAGUACUACUGAAUCCAAUGCAAUGCCUAUGAUUUCUCCAUGAUCUCCUUAGGUUUCCCCAAGGAAACUUGCACUCUCCAACAUGGGUCAGUACUUGAGGCAAGCACAGAAGUGACACGAACUAUCCAACAGGUUUCUAUGGAAAAGCAGAAAAGCAUUAAAAAAUGCUGGAUAAUUUUCAACCCAGCAUUGGGUCAAAAAGUGACAAACCCAACCCAAAAUGUGUUUCAACCCAAAAUGUUGAGUUGUUUUAACCUUUAAAAAUGUUCUGGGUUAACUUAAUCCAACGGCUGAGUUUGUCCCUUUUUGACUCAACCCUGGGUCGAAAAUGGUCCAGCAUUUUUGGGGGGUGUUUCAUUUAGGUUUAACAUGUUAAACAUUUUGCUUUUCACUACAUUUAAAACUCCUGGGUGACACUUUGCAAUAAGGUUGUAUUAGUUCACAUUGAUAAAUGCUUUAGCUAACAUGAACUAACAAUGAACAAUAUAGAUUUUUAACAUGUAUUCAUCUUUGUUAAUUUUAGUUAUUGCCAAUACAAUUGCUUAUUCAUUUGUUGGUUCAAUGUACAUUAACUAAUGUUAACAGUUACAAGUUUAAAUUUAAAAAACGUAUCAAAUGUAAUGUUGAAAUUAACAUUACACACUUAGAACGGAUGUGUUAACAACACAAUCAGUGUUAGUUUAAAUGCUUUGUCCCAGAAUCUACACAUCUAUGUUUUAUUAUUGAAACAACACAUGUUGUGUUACUUUUAAUACAACUUAUUUUUACACAAAAUUAACACAAAAUGUGUUAAAAGCAUAGAUUAACACUUCCUUUCUUAUAGUGUAACCAAAAAUAAUAAAUGUAGAAGUGUCGUUCAUUGUUAGUUCCAGUUCGCUAAUGCACCAAUAGAUGUUGAAUAAUAUAUAACCAUAUUGUAAGGUGUUACUAACUCAUGUUUAUUUCUUUUACGUAGCAGACAGGGAGAUGCAAUCAUACCCAAGUGUAGAGUACACAAGACUGUGGAGUAAAACUGUCUGCCUUCAACAUUUUGGUAUUUUGUAUAGGUGCAAGACAUGUAGAUACAAAGCCAUCGAGUACUGUCCUGUACGAGUGCAUGACAGCUAGGUCUAAAGCACAGCAGAAUUCGACAAACCACACACAAACACUGGGCUCAUGUGCACCCGAUGAGUAAAAAUUUGCACUUACGAAACUACUAAUGAAUAUACGUUUUUUUUAUAAAGCUCCUCAUACGUGACUGUGAAGGCUUCGUUUCAACACUUUCCCGAUGAGGAGAAGGUUAUGUGGACGGAGGAGAACAAAGUGAUCUAGAGGAGAAUAGUUAACACGAGGGUAAAUAAAGGAGGGGGGACGGCAUGUAGCUGUUGUUUGGACUGAUGUGGGCUUGAGCGUGUCACGUGACUGUGUGUUUGUGUGUGUGAUAAAUGGUAGAAGCGGCAAGAAAGUCUGCCUGCACAAUAGUGCAACAGACUAGCAGUGGUUUCCAUACAACAUGUUCUGACAGUUCUAUGCGCUUCCCAUUAAUUAUGUUUAACUACACAAAGCUAAAGGCAGACAUUAGACUGGAUCCUCAUCCACACCAAUCCCAGAGGAGCCCAUUCCCACCGGCCACAUCUCCAGUAUGCUCCCAUUUCUCCUUCCGCUAUAUCCAAAGUUUUGUACAAAGCCUUUUAAAGUUCAUAAUUCCCUUUUUAUUUUAUAAUCUAAAAAUGUUAUGUUUUUAUAAAUAUUAUUUAUUACACAAUGUAUAUAUCUGUAUGACUGAACUAAGAUUAUAUAUUUGAAGAACAA